CCGUCCGGCCGGAGGCGCUUGACCUGCCGGCCCGCGGGGUUCCGGGCGCCAGGGAGCCGGGCCUGGGUUUCUUGGCCGCUGUGCUCCGCACCGCGCUUGGCAGAGCCAGACAUCAGAACACCCUAGAAGGCUUAACCAAAAGAAUGCUCAUGUUUGACCCAGUCCCUGUCAAGCAAGAGGCCAUGGACCCCGUCUCGGUGUCCUACCCAUCAAAUUACAUAGAAUCAAUGAAGCCCAAUAAAUAUGGGGUCAUUUACUCUACACCAUUGCCUGACAAGUUCUUCCAGACCCCGGAAGGCCUCACUCACGGGAUACAGAUGGAGCCAGUGGACCUCACUGUGAACAAGCGGGGUUCCCCGCCUUCUGCUGCCGGCUCUCCUUCCUCUCUGAAGUUUCCGUCACACCGGAGAGCGUCCCCGGGGCUCAGCAUGCCUUCCUCCAGCCCGCCCAUUAAGAAAUACUCACCCCCCUCUCCUGGUGUGCAACCCUUUGGAGUACCACUGUCCAUGCCACCUGUGAUGGCCGCUGCACUGACCAGACAUGGGAUCCGGAGCCCAGGCAUCCUCCCUGUCAUCCAGCCCGUCGUGGUACAACCUGUCCCCUUCAUGUACACCAGCCACCUGCAGCAGCCUCUCAUGGUCUCCUUGUCAGAGGAGAUGGACAGUUCAAACAGCGGCAUGCCAGUACCCGUAAUUGAAUCCUAUGAGAAGCCCAUAUUACAGAAAAAAAUUAAAAUAGAACCUGGAAUCGAACCACAGAGGACUGACUAUUACCCUGAAGAAAUGUCUCCCCCUUUAAUGAACUCAGUGUCCCCCCCGCAAGCGUUGUUGCAAGAGAACCACCCUUCCGUCAUUGUGCAGCCUGGGAAGAGACCUCUACCUGUGGAAUCCCCGGAUACCCAAAGGAAGCGCAGGAUACACAGAUGCGACUAUGAUGGAUGCAAUAAGGUCUACACUAAGAGCUCGCACUUGAAAGCACACAGAAGAACCCAUACAGGGGAAAAGCCGUACAAAUGCACCUGGGAAGGCUGCACGUGGAAGUUUGCUCGGUCUGAUGAACUGACGAGACAUUUCCGAAAACACACUGGAAUCAAACCUUUCCAGUGUCCAGACUGUGACCGAAGCUUCUCUCGCUCCGACCACCUUGCCCUACAUAGGAAACGUCACAUGCUAGUCUGAAAGCCUGUCUCCAGCUCAGUGUGAUUCCCCACUCUUCCUGGCACACACCCCUCUCUCUCUCUCUCUCUCUCUCUCUCUCUCUCUCUCUCUCUCUCUCUCUCUCCCCCUCCCUCUCCUCCUGCCCGUUUUCUAACUCAUUUUUAUAUGUACAUUUUAAUUUCGAUUCAGCUGGUCUGGAUCCCUGAAUUUAUAUCAUUCAAGACUUCCAUAUGGUCAGUAGUUGAUACUCUAACCCUCCCUCUCCUUACCACGGGUCAGACCUAAAGAAUGUGAACAUUUUUUCCGGGGAUGCUAAGCAAACCCUCCUUACAGAUACAUUUAAUGUAAUGAGAACAAGGGAACAUGUAAACUAACGACCAAUUUGUCGGUUUCUCCAUGUAUUCCUCAAAAGAAUGUCAAAGUAAAUGUAUUAGAAAUACAGUGUAUCCAGCCUGCUAGUCCUUGCCAGAGACCUUCGUACUUCUGCCUCAUUUUGUGUUUGACGACAGAAAGAAUGCGGUCCCUUUUACCAGCUAGCAAGACGUCGAGAUGUCAAGCUGGUCCCACCCUCUCACCAUUACCCUUCCCACGGUUUGCUCGUUGGCCUGUCUUACCAACUCAGCUAAAUCAAGCCCUUUGCCUGCUGUGGCACCUGAAGCUCAUGUGGAGGCUUUGACAUCCCUGGGAGCUGAGCAGGAGCUGUUGGCGUAGAUGGGCCGUGUGCUCCUAUAGUGUGAGGAAGAAGCAGAAGAUGUUGGAAUGGAGGAGGAAGUCAGCCAUUCCUGGCUAGGAGUGGCUGGACCAUCCACAGUGUCUGGGCCACUCACAUUAGCUGUGCAGUGCAUUUGUUAACUGUGCAUCCCCAGGCGUAACUCAACCAAGCACACCUUUGCUGCAAAGCUGGAUACCGAGAGGGUUAUCCAAGCCACCACCUCCGUUCCUGCAGGUUCCUUCAUUAUCGAUCGUGAGGCAUUGAGAGUAAGGAAUCCACAGAAACAUUUGCGCAGUAAUGUUAAAAAAAAAAAAAAAGCAAAAACUUUUGAGAUAGAGUAUAAAAUGGUCUCUUACCCCUACCCCCCAACCUACUAAGAGUGUUUUUGCAAACAGGAAAACGUUGCGUGGUACUUAUAUCCCCAUAGCCAAUUAGUCACAUAGCUUUCAUACGAAGCUGUUCUGUGUGAGCUGUAUGGUGCCAAACCAGCUAUCAUUUGUGUCUGUGACACACAACACAGUAUACAAGAGCAUCCACUAAGCUUGAGUAAAGUCAUUCAAUUAAGACCUGGGUGACACUAUCUGUAAAUACUCCUAGUGUGAAGCACAUAGAUCUUUAUUUUGGUGACAUUUUUUUUUUAAAUAGAGAAAACCACAAUUCAGGGAUUUGUAUAUGUAGCUUGAAGAUUCCCACAAGUUUCUCCCAGAGCUAGCAAUUUCCUGUUGGCUACCAGGUACCCUGUUAGGACAAACGAAAAGCAAUGACUUGUGCUGAUGUUGCAGAUAAAUAGCACCAUUAUUGGGGGUGGGCGGUGGGGGGAGUAUUUGUUUUUUCAAAAGCAGGCUUUUGAACACCACAGUCUCAAUGCCAACAAAAACAGUUCACAUGCAGAAAGGCCACUGGUUACAAAUGGGCACAAUGGUCAGAUACGGCUACCUGUGACCAAUAGUCCCUGCAUCCUCUUACGGGGGGGGUGGAGGAGAAGAGAAGAGAGGAAUCAUUCAUCCCAGCCACAACUCAGGAUCCAACACCACCCGAACUGGGCGGAACAUCACCCUACCUGAUUGUUCUUGAAUGACCAGUGAAUGAGAGACCUUGGAGGCCUUGGAGGCUUGUACUUGCAGGCAGCUUGCUUCGAUGGCGCUGUGUUCACAUUUGCAGGGACUGCAUUCAGGAGGUCCUGCUCGGCCCUGUGAACCAUCUGAGGGGGACUGUGGGUGAAAACUGCAAAGAAAUGUUAUCUUGGCUCUUGGGUUCCUUUCCUUCCUUUUUUAGCACUGGGGGGGAAAAUCUGUUCAGGCUAUUAAAGUACGCCAAUUAGGCUCUUGCCUUUCUCUAUUGUUUGCAACUAUGACAUGAAUCGAGGAGUGGAUUGUCUCUUGGGAAAGCAGGGUCUCCCUUGUCAGUUUCCGUUGCAUGUAUGCCAACACCAUCCUGUCUUGAAAUGGUUCUUCUGCAGAGCACUGAAGAGUCCAGUUUGUGUGCUCCAACCUAGUGAAGUGGGGGCGGGGGUGUGCAAGGAAGGACAGUUAGCUUUGCUUCCGCUUCAAACCAGAGUAUUUAGGAGCUCCAUGAUGUAUUUAAAUUUUGUUCAGAAGUCUUUAUUACAUUACUCUUUAGCUUGCUUAGAUCAUGUUAACAGAAAGAUCCAUUUUAACUCUGAAGUAACCCAGAAAAGCCAUUCUCUAUUCCCACGCUAGUCUGAUAUACUUUUAGUUAAUUGGCCCUUACCAAAUUUCCUUAUAUAUAUAUAUAUAUAUAUAAUGUAUGUAUGUAUGUAUUUGUAUUUUACUAUGAUAGUUGAGAAAUUUAGUCUCUUUUUAGUGUUUGUUUAUUUGUUUGGUUGGUUGGUUGGUUGGCUUUUUUUUUUUAAUCUAUUUUUGUGGAAGACGUAAGAUGCCCUGGAUCUUCCAUUUUUGAUGGUGUACUACGUCACUGUCAGUGGUAGCUCAGCUGCCCUAAAUUGAUGAGAACCAGCUGUAAACAUGAAACCAGCACUGUGUAAAUCGUUACAGAGUUCAUUCAAGUACUGCUCAAGUGUCAUCUUGGGGAAGUUCCAAAAAUAAUCAGAAUCUUAUGUUUUCGAGUUUCAUGGUGGGAGGGUGCAUCAUUCAAUGGGCAUUUUGCGCUCUAAAGUCACUUGGUUUGGAGACUGUGUGUAGCAUAGCUUUGUUCAACUAAGAAGAUACUAGAUAUGCAGACGUUGCAAGAGCCUUGGAACAAUUACAGGGGAGUAAUAUGUGUAUAUGUAUGUUUUAUUAAACACCCACCUGCACUACCAGUACUGCACUAAUGUGGAGUUCGAGAGACUGUUGCUGAUACUUCAGUCUGCACACCAUUCCUUAGAUUGUUACAAAGACAAUCUCAGAUCAGAGGUUUUAAAGUCAUUUGGUUUGAAACUAGAAUUGUCUUGAAGGAGUUGCUAACGUACAUGAAGUCACUUGAGUUUUCUUUAUUCUCUUCCUGGUCAAGGUUAACAGUUUCUAAAUGAUUGCAAAUUCACUUAAGUAAUACAUUUACAAAGCCAUUUUACAUGCAUUAAAAGAGGGCUACAAUGUGUUUUACAAAUACUAGCACUUUUUUUUCCUGUUAUGUACCUAGUGUUAGAGGGUCAGAAUAACCUUUCUGCUUGGCAUCUCUUAAACCCUACCUGCAAGCAUAGCAGGCUUACUGCAUUUACAGUACUUUAAUACUUGUAUAAACUAUGCAGAAAUUUUUAAUAAAGUGUAAUAUAUUUUAUAAGCUAAUAAGACUGAAUGGGUAAAGGUUUUUAGCAUGCUUAGUAUACUUGCAAAUACUGAAACAUUUUGGUAAUCUUUCUUACUAAAGAUGUGAAUGUUUAAUGUACCUUCUCUGUUUCUACCCUGUAGUCCAAUGGGAAUUCAGUAAUGACAUUUUGUCAUGUCAAACUGUGAACAUAAAUUUGUACUGUACAGUCCUCAUAUACUAUAUACAGUAUGCAAUAUAUGUAUUAUAUACUUGUUAAUAAAACCAUCUGAAUAUUA